CUUCCCCAGGCGACUUUGCAGCAGGCCACGGUCUAGAUCCAAUUGGUUUCAUUUGGGUCCGAUUUUUUAUUUCAUUUUUGUCUCUUUGGCUCAACUAGCACCGUUCAAUUCAAGAUGUGGAAUGAUCGCAAGGUCGGAAUCCUUGGUGGGGGGCAGUUGGGUCGGAUGCUUGUCGAGUCCGCAAAUCGACUGAAUAUCCAAUGCAACGUUUUGGACGCUGAAAAUGCUCCUGCGAAGCAGCUCAGCGCUCACGAUGGUCAUGUGACUGGCUCUUUCAAAGAGAGAAAAUCUGUGCGACAAUUGGCAAAGACUUGUGACGUUGUGACUGCCGAGAUCGAGCAUGUGGAUACUUAUGCGCUUGAGGAAAUCGCCUCGGAGGUCAGGAUUGAGCCCAGCUGGCAGGCAAUCCGGACCAUCCAGAACAAGUACAACCAGAAGGAGCACUUGUCGAAGUAUGGCAUUCCCAUGGCUGAACAUCGGGAACUGGUCAAGAACACCCCCGAGGAACUGGCAGAGGUCGGCGCUCAACUUGGAUUCCCUCUGAUGUUGAAGUCGAAGACAAUGGCCUACGAUGGACGAGGAAACUACACUGUCAACUCCAAGGACGAUAUCCCCGACGCACUGGAAGCCCUCAAGGACCGACCUUUGUACGCUGAGAAAUGGGCCCACUUCAAGAUGGAGCUGGCUGUCAUGGUUGUCAAGACCAAGGACGAGGUGCUGUCAUACCCCACCGUUGAGACCGUCCAGGAAGACUCGAUAUGCAAGCUUGUGUAUGCCCCGGCCCGAAACGUGUCGAACGCUAUCAACCAAAAGGCUCAGGAGCUGGCCCGCAAGGCCGUGGCGGCCUUUGACGGCAAGGGUGUCUUCGGUGUCGAGAUGUUCCUCUUGGAGGACGAAAGCCUUAUCUUGUGCGAAAUUGCAAGCCGAAUCCACAACUCGGGUCACUACACCAUCGAGGGCUGCCCCCUGUCUCAAUUUGAUACCCACAUGCGUGCCAUUCUCGACAUCCCCAUUCCUCCCCAGAGCCUUGAGCUCCGCCAGCCGUCCAUCAUGCUCAACAUCAUCGGCGGCGCCACUCCGGACUCGCAUUUGGAGGCCGCCGAGCGCGCUCUUUCCAUUCCCAACGCCAGCAUCCACCUGUACAGCAAGGGUGCCUCCAAACCGGGCCGUAAGAUGGGCCAUGUGACAGUGACAGCUGCCACGAUGCACGAAGCCGAGACUCACAUCCAGCCGCUCAUCGACUACGUCGACCACAUGCGCUCCCAGCGCAGCGACGUCAAGACCAAGCCCCAGUCAUCCGGUCCUUCCAAGCCCGCACCCUCAGUGGCCGUCAUCAUGGGCUCUGACAGCGAUCUCAAGACUUUGGUCCCUGGACUCAAGCUUCUUAAGGACUACUUCGGUAUCGAGCAUGCAGUGGACAUCACUUCCGCCCAUCGCACUCCGACAUUUAUGGCCGAAUACUCGGCCAAUGCCGCCUCGCGCGGAAUCAAGGUCAUCAUCGCCGCUGCCGGCGGUGCUGCCCAUCUUCCCGGCAUGGCUGCUGCACACACCGCUCUCCCCGUCAUUGGAGUGCCGGUCAAGGGCAGCUCUUUGGACGGAGUCGACAGCUUGUACAGCAUUGUACAAAUGCCCCGAGGUGUCCCCGUCGCCACCGUUGGAAUCAACAACAGCGUGAAUGCUGCUCUUCUGGCCGCCCGAAUCCUGGGCGCCUUCGACCCGGCUGUUCAACGCAAGGUGGAAGCCUAUGCGGAGAAGGCCCGGGCUGAGAAUAUGGAGCAGAAGGGUGUUAAGAUGCAAGAGCUCGGAUGGGAAAAGUACUUUGAGCAAAUGUAAAAACCCUUUUUAGAUGGUUUUAUUUUGAAAAUGAUAGACGAUGAAUACGACUGAGAUUACUAUAUAAAAGUUUGGAUUUUCUUUUUCUUCUGAAUUGGAAAGUGACGUUGCAAUUGGUAGUGUUAUUUAGGCACGAUAUAUAUCCAUGCUCCUCAUUAUAAAAAAGG